CCGGAAGUUUGUCUGCUGACGGCGGAUAGCAACGCCGACCAAGGAAUUUCGUUGUUUGGCGCCUUUUAGGCCGGUUCUUUUAGUAAAAUUGUUUUCCAGAUACUAUUUGGUGAAAAUAAUUGACACAUAUUUAUUUUAAAAUGGGUGAUAAAGGGGAUGGAGAAACCUUUGACGAUGCUGUUGAGGAGAGAGUUAUCAACGAAGAAUAUAAAAUAUGGAAGAAAAACACGCCAUUUCUUUACGACUUGGUAAUGACACACGCUCUUGAGUGGCCUUCCUUGACUGCUCAGUGGCUUCCAGACGUGACCAGGCCUGAAGGGAAAGAUUAUUCUGUGCACCGAUUAAUUUUGGGUACACACACAUCAGAUGAACAAAACCACCUACUGAUUGCUAGUGUUCAGCUGCCUAAUGAAGAUGCUCAGUUUGAUGCCAGCCAUUACGAUAAUGACAAAGGUGAGUUUGGUGGUUUUGGAUCUGUAUCAGGCAAAAUUGAAAUUGAAAUCAAGAUCAAUCAUGAGGGUGAAGUGAAUAGAGCUCGCUUUAUGCCCCAGAAUCCCUGUGUUAUUGCCACCAAGACCCCUUCAUCUGAUGUGCUGGUCUUUGACUAUACCAAACACCCAUCAAAACCAGAGCCAUCCGGUGAAUGCCAUCCUGAUCUAAGAUUGCGUGGUCAUCAAAAAGAAGGCUAUGGGUUAUCAUGGAACCCAAAUCUCAAUGGUUAUCUUUUAUCUGCCAGCGAUGAUCACACAAUCUGCCUAUGGGAUAUUAAUGCUACCCCUAAAGAAGGAAGAGUAAUCGAAGCUAAGUCAGUGUUCACUGGCCAUACGGCGGUCGUUGAGGAUGUCGCUUGGCACCUAUUGCAUGAGUCUUUAUUUGGUUCUGUUGCUGAUGACCAGAAGCUUAUGAUAUGGGACACCAGAUGUAAUAAUACGUCCAAACCAUCACACACAGUAGAUGCUCAUACAGCAGAAGUAAACUGCCUAAGCUUCAAUCCUUAUUCAGAAUUCAUAUUGGCUACUGGCAGUGCUGACAAAACUGUGGCAUUAUGGGACUUGCGAAACUUGAAACUCAAACUACAUUCAUUUGAAUCACACAAAGAUGAAAUAUUCCAAGUGCAAUGGUCACCGCACAAUGAAACUAUCUUGGCUAGUAGUGGGACAGACAGGAGACUACAUGUGUGGGAUUUAUCUAAAAUUGGUGAAGAACAAACUGCAGAAGAUGCUGAAGAUGGUCCACCAGAAUUACUGUUCAUUCAUGGCGGUCAUACUGCCAAGAUCUCUGAUUUCUCAUGGAACCCUAAUGAACCUUGGGUCAUCUGUUCCGUCUCAGAAGAUAAUAUUAUGCAGGUGUGGCAAAUGGCAGAGAACAUAUACAAUGACGAGGAGCCUGAGACGCCUGCCUCAGAGCUAGAGACCGGCGUCAACGUGAACCACGGCUAGCCGCCGUCCGCCAGCUCUUCGCCAAGGCCUGACGAUGCACUCAUGGACACCGCACGAGUGAACGUUACUGUCCCAGAUACAGACAUGAUGGAACUAUAAACUUCAAACAGCUGUGUAGACCAGUGUUGUACAGUGAAUGACAUUAUUUUCAUUUGUUUGUAAAUUUACAUAAUAUAUUUCUUAUGCUUACUUAUUUUAGUAUUCUACAUAACUAUUUGAUUUACUGUUGUCGACAGCCAAGGCUUAUUUCCCUAUUAAAUAUUUGGAUCAACCUGUCCUUUGUGAAGAUAUUUACACAAUACUAAUUUAAAAUUGUUACAAUUUAUAAAUUUUAUUUAUAUCAGUAAUCUGUAAAUUGUGAAAUUUAAUUUAAAUUUAAUAAUUUAAAAGCUAAAGGCAAUAUUCUAAAGCACUGUGUGUAAUAAAUAAUACUGUAAACACUGUCUACAUUAGUGUAACUUGUCAUAGAUUGUUUGCAAGUGUGCAACAUUAAGGACCUGGGUAGAUGAGGGACGUAAAAUUAUCGCAUAUAAAUAUCGCUUAUAAAUUUACUGUUGUAUGACACGGUACGAUAUUAUCAUCAUGUUAUACUAAAAAAGUAAAAGCAUUUGACUUAAGAUUUUCCAUUGACAAUUAUGCAGUAUGUGUCCAUGAUAUAGUCUAUGAAAAGCUACAAUAUUUCAUACAGUAGCAAACAUUCUGCUUUCCUUAUUACUUAAUGAAUAUCUUACCGUGUUAUUGCUAUUAAUUAUGUAGAAAAUAACCAAAAUCUCUUAUUGACAUUUUAGAUAAUGUAGCUGUUUUCUACAUAGUUAACUUCAUCAAUAGGCAUAACGCACACGAGUCCACGAUAAUACCUUUGCAAACAUAUCCAGAAAUAUAGUUGUCCCCUGAAAAAAGUGCCUCGUCUGCACAGGACCUAGUGUCUGUGACAGGGCUUUGGUGUUUAGUCAAUAAGUGAAUGUUGAUUUGAUGUUGCAACUGUUUUGUACCGCCUCCCAUAUUUCUGAAAACACUACAAAAUGAAAUACUAUUGUUUAUAACAGCAAAUGUCAUUUUUAUAGUGUGUCACAAAAAUUUAUGGAAUAUCAAUGCAUAAUAAUUUCAUGUUCCCAUCAAUAUUAGUUUCAUCUGCUAAGAUCCAUUUAAAUAAUUUACAUUAGAACUGUUAUUGAUGUAAACUUGGGUGUUAUUGUACAUUUUGCAAUUGAAAGUUGCUAUUAUAAAUCUGAUUAUAAUGGAAUGGGGUCAAUGUUAAGUUAUAUUUGGGUUUACCCAUCUUUUAUGUUUUACUAUAACAUGUCAUAAUAGGAGAGUAACAUAUUAAGAGUUGAUUUUAAUUUUGCUCUCUUAUUGUGGUUUGACAAUAUUGUCUGAUAAUAAAAUGGAAUGCGCAAAGACUGCGAAAAAAUAUACCUGUUUUUAUAAUAUUUUUCACACAUCUGGAAUAUAUUUGUUUAGUGAUUAAUUUUUUAAAUGUUGAAUUUAAUAUAAUUAUCGCCUCCUACAUUAUAUAGUAUGCUAUUAUAAUGGAAAUUAUUUUGAUACGGGUUCAUUUCUGAUUUUUAGUUCUCUAUACAUAUAAAAAUAAUUUUAUCAAAGUUCGGUAUAUUUUUAUUUUCUUAACACAUUUAAAGUUGGAACAAAAAGGAGAUCUUUUGUUUACUUUAUACUAAUAUAGGAAUUGGCAAGACGCGUUAAAAAGCAGUAAGACGACUACAGGUCGACCGGUUUUUGUUCAUGUUGCAUUUUGUUAUACAGUCAAAAAUUUAUUUAAAAUUGCAAUUUGUGAAUUGGCUUCAGUGACAAAUUUAUUUUACAUACAAUAAUACCUAUUCAUUAAUCAAUAAAUUAUAAAUUUUUCUUUAAAACUAUUAUUUUAUCUAUGGUUUAGACAGAUUUGUAUGAUACUUUUUUAAUUAAAAAGUUUUGCUAAUUCUAUCAUAAUAUUUUCAUAAGAAUUCAGUUGGUUAUCUUUAUUUUUUAUAAAAAAUAUUCUCCAUUCUGUUCUAUUAUAGAUGUAUUACAAAACUUAUUGGAUAAAACUUUACACUUUUGUGGUUGGCGAUACAUAAAUGACGGUGUUCAAAGUUUGUGGCAAUGGAUACACUUGGUUAAGUACGUGGUUUUGAUGCUAUGAAACCUCAAAAUGUAUAAAUAUCUAAGUAAUUUUUUUUUCUUAAUAAUGUUAAACAUUCUUCUGUCAACAAUGGAUAAUGCAAAUGAUAAUUAGAUGUAUUUUAGAAAACUGAACGAAUAUUAUUUCUUAUUUUUUUAAUUUAUUUUAAAACGCACGAAAGUGUUUUUUUUUUUUUUGUUGAAUUUUGAACUUUUCGUCUCUCAUGAAGUUGGUCGUUCCAAAAAUGUCCAAUUUUAUGAAAGUAGUAUAAUUUGGUGACAUAAUCGACUGAGGGUAUUUUAUAAUGCUAAAGCAGUAAUGAAAGUAAUUUUAAGCUGUGCUAAUAAUAAUAUGAUUAAAGUUAUCGUAAUAAUUGUA